AUGACUAAGCCGGUUCCACACUUCAACUCGAAAUUCACCAGUCAGCCUCGUUAUACACUGACCACGAUGGCUGCAGAAAUCAAGCCCAAUAUCACCACCAACAAACUCGCUAUGUCUCGCGCGCUUGGCGCCGCCUUCCUGAACCAUCAGGUCGAACAGCUCGAGAAGACGGUUUCAUCCAACGGACCAGGCUCGGGCAACUGGAGAGAUAGGAAGGGGCAGUAUGGGCCCAACUCUCCAGGCGCUGGGAAGCGGGGUCCAAACUCCCCAGGCGUAAAGAUGGUCCAGAAGAAGAAGGGUGGAGCAGACGGCCAAGCACCGGCGCAGAAGGAUCGUGGCCCACCGAAGGACAGGGAUUUCGACCGAAGCAUUACUUCUAGCCCCGUGGCGAGGCGCAGGUCAGCUGAGGAGAACCGGAAGGACAAGGAUGCAGACAUUGUCGUCGUUGACGCCAGUGUGCUCAUCCACGCCUUGUAUCAGGUGAAGAAGUGGUGCAGGGAUGGACGAGAGGAGAUCGUUAUUGUCCCUCUGGAAGCUCUGAACACCCUCGAUCUGCUUAAGAAGGGGACGUCGUCACUCGCCCAGAAGGCCCGUGCUGCCUCCCGGAUCCUCGAAGCUCAAGUCGGGACCAACCCCCGCAUCCGUGUCCAGCGAGACGACGCCUUCGUCCUCUGGGACAAAAUCUCCUUCGAUUCCGGCGAGGCCAGCACGAACUGCCCUGAGUGGGUCCGCCGUGUCGUCUGCUGUGCACGCUGGGAAACGGAUCACCCCGAAGAGGAGCUUAACCCCACUGCCACCGCCCCCAAGGUUGUGCUUGCAGUGCUCUCAUCGCCGCCGAACACGUCGCCACAAAUCGUCUCGCUCAAGCUCGCUGACAUGUCGAUUACUGCCACCGAUGCUCCACUGACCCCGGUUCCUCUUCCCGCACCGAACACCUACGCCAACCGAUACGAAGUUCGGUCAACCGGAGCACUUGUCUCCCCCUGGGCGGCCAAGGCGGGAAUCAAGCUGUUCGAUGUCGACCCGGCCCUUCCUGGCCGUCCAGAGGACGAAGAGCGGCCCAAACGAUCCCAUGGGUCGAGGGGUCGUCGUCCGUCUGCCAGCGAUAACAACGGCGGCAGGGCAGGCCUCGUCGAGCGGCCUCCAGCGGUGAUGGCGAUGAUGGAGAUGAUCUCGCAGCCCAGCAAGGUCGUCCGCGUUUUGGCCCGUGGCGAGAAGCUAGACCCGUGA